AAGGUAAUUCUGUUUACAAAUCUUCAACAAAUCAACAUGUUUGUUUUGAUAAAAUACCUAAAUACUUUUUACCAUUAGAAGGUGAAAAGUGAUAUGAAGGUGGUUUUUCUGGAGAGGAGUUAGGGGAGGGGAAAACUUGGAAAUCUGGACUCAAUAGUUAAGAUCAUAAGAGGAUUCAGGUUGGGACAGACCUCAGGAGGUCACUUAGUUUGAUUUCCUGCUUAAAGCAGGUUGCUUACGUCUUUGCCUGGUGUUGUAACCUAAGGAUGGAGGCUGCACAACUUCUCUGGGCUUGACUGUCCUUAUUUUGAAAAUAGAUCCAGUUUGAACCUCUCUGCAAGAACCUGUUUUUUUGCUGAAUUGCUUAUAAUUCCUAUGUACCUACAUUUCAGUGUGAUUAUGUUGUCAUUUUGUUUUCAUUCUCAUGGACUGCUGCCAUCUGCAAAUACUGCCUGCAGAUAUGAGCGUUGCACACUAGUGCUGUUUUUCUUCCUACUUUUUGUCUUCAAUGCUGUUCCAAAAUAGAUCUGGUGAUUACAACUGAUGCUGGACUCUUCUAGCAGAAGUAAAAGCAGGUGGGAGGUGAUAUAUAAUUACCUUGUCUUGUAGGCACUGAUUGUGCCGAAAGACUUAAGGAGGAAAUAUAUUUCUGGUAACUAAGCCACGCCAGAAUCACAAUAGAUUUAUUGUUUUUCUUUGUAAAAUAGUAUUCAUGUCCCAAGACGUGGUUCAUGUUUUAUACCGAGCUACAGCCUGUGCAAUUAUGCUGAAGAUCAGAUCUAUAGGUUUAAAGGAGCUCUGAAUUAUUUCUCUGUGCAUAGUUCUUCACUGAGAAACUAUAACUUCUGUCAAAGGGAGGUUUUUAUGAUGGAAAGUCUUUUCUUCUUCUUGGCUUACACUGUUCUACAUAGCUUCUUUCCUUUCCUAUGAUUCUUUAGAUAGCGUUAUUCCCAAAGGAGAAGUAGAUCCUUUGCUUCGUUGGUAUGCAUAGGGGUAACUCUUCUGGACAGACUUUGAAAAACAGAAAUAUUUGUGAGCAAAACAGAAAGAGCUGGGAAACUAAGCAGUUUCCAACUCCAGUACAGACAUAACCCCGAGGACGGGUCUCAAACCAGGAGCCCAUCCCCAUGUGUGCAUGUUGUCCUGGGUCAUUCUCCAUCUCAGGGAUGCAGCUGGUGUUUCCUUGGGGGAUCUGGCCGUGGUGCUGAACUGGUUCUGCUGGGAGGUUCAUCGACAUGGGUAUUUUCAAGCAGUCUGUGCCUUCGAGCCCACCUGGGAUAAUUUUGAGUUGUUCUACUUCCAGUGUUUGAAAUUAUGUUGUUCAGAGUUGCGUGACCAGCAACAACAUGCAAAUUGUCAUUUAUUUUGUUGCCAAGAAUCUGUAUUCCUUUCCCUGGGUACUCCAUUGCAACCUAGGAUAGGAUUCCAGCCUUUCAGCAGCCAGAUAUCAUUGUUCUAAUAGUAGGGUACUAGGGCUUCAUAAAUCCUGAAAUUCUAAUUGUGUGGCAUUUUCACUAUCUAAAAAUCAUCCAUAUGAGACAUAUUAACUAACUGUCUCAAUCUGGCCAAGAUCUACAGGCAUAAUCAAGUUGUUGUGAGUGCAUAUGCACCCAUUUUCUGCAAUGUAAUGUGUAUGCUGAGCCCUUACACUUUAAGCUUUAUUUGGUCUGGGCAUAGUUGUUUGCUUGAGCAGCUGUGGCUCACUUUCUAGUCACUAAUGCCCCAUGAAAGUCUAUGAACACACUACUGAAGACUGCUACAGUGAGUGCUGACUCUUCUUCUCUCCCUCUCCCCAAUGCUACUUUCUGUAGCUCUAUUUUGCGAAUAAUCUGUUUUACUGUUAGUAUAUCAGUAAUGUGACCAUUAUAUUACAGCUGGACUCUGCAGAGGGAUUGGCAAAGCAGCCGCUUGGUUACUUUAGACAGGUAAUGCGAAGGUCCAACCGAGAUAUGUAACCCUGAAUGUGUCGUCUUGCUGUUCUUGAGUACUCUUCUAUAUUUGAAUCGCUGUUUCGGAGUCUGGUCAUGAGCUACAGUUUUCCAGCUUCUGCUCUUACUUUGUAAGCAAUGUUUUGCUGAAAUAAAUCUGGAUGCUAGAAAAGUUCCUCCUCAACCAGUUUGUCCCAUUGAGGUCUGCUACAUUCCAGUGUACCAUUAGGAGCUAUGUUCUGAGAAAUUACUUGUUUGAGAAAUAACUUAUACUAUACCAAUAUUUUUCCCUCCAUGUAGGGCUGGAACCAUUUGUGCAUGUAGUGAAAAGCCUGCCUAAAUGAAGCCAGUAUUUGACCAGUAAUCAUUUGUUUUUCUGUCAAAUAGCUUAUAUGAAUCAAUACAAAAACAUAGUGGUGAGAAGAGAGAAAUGCAUGAAAGCACAAUGCAACAGUGGCAACAGGACCCAGACAUUCCCUGGGGAGAUGGGAGGCAUUGCUGCUCCAAGUGAGAACAAAAGCUGCUGCCUUUUCCGUGGAUUGUAACGUGCUAGGAGUCAGUCACAGUAACCUACCAACUGUUACCUUCAUACACACUUUAUUACAGCAGAUAUUGUUUGGUCUCCGUUAUGAUAACAUGUUUUAAAGGUUUAACACUUUGUACCUUGAGGGUGUCAGUACACUUCGCAAUUAUGAAGUUAUUAAAUUCAGCCAUACCCAAGGGAUCUUCUUUCUCUGUGUUACAGAUUGUGAAGAAAGAUAAAAACGUGAAAUGAUGUCCUAAAGAUCACAUUAAAUCUGGAGAAGCAUAUAGGAACAGGAUCCAUAUUUGUUAAUUACCAGCUUGGUGCUUUUACAAUGAAUUUUCACUUGAUAAAGUCCAGCCCUGACCAUGUGGCUAUCUCACUGACUUGAGGACAUGUUCAGGCGAUAAAAAUCUUUUGACUGUCUCUUGCAAGGGAUUGAAUUAUGUUCCAAGAAAGGCAAGUGUUAUGAAGAUCUCGGUGAUGCCAAGAGAACUCCAGUCCAUAUAAAGCACCUACAAACUGAGAAAAAAACCACCAACCUUUCCAUGUAUUGCUGGUGCCUGACUUAGGGUCAGCAGCGUGAUUUAAUUGCAUCCUUACGGACUGCAACUUUGUUUUUCUCAUCGCAAAUAACAUUGCGCAGUUUGUAUUGUUGCAUUUAAACUCCCUCUAGUGGAUUGGAUCAGAAAUGACCUACCAAUGCGAGCACACGGCUUAAAAAAGAAAAACGGGUCCAAACUACAAAUACCAGCAGCGCUCAGCACAGUUGAAAGAGGACCCAGGACACACCUCUCAAUUUUAUACUAGAAAAUAUCUCUAAAGCCUUUUAUUUCUCAUCUAUGGCAGUAAAAGCCCAUGGGAGACAAAGCAUUUUGGAAAGGCAUUUUGAAAUAUCUCUGGAUUUGCUUGAUUUAUUUAUUUAUUUAUUAAAUUCGGUGGGUGGCCCUUUCUACCUCACAGCAGAGUGACAGUGAAAGAAGGACCCAGACCUUUAAUCUUGUUUUGCAGCGGAUUUAGCAGAAAGCAGCUGCGGCAGCCUAGAAAUCAGCAUGGAAAAAAUCCUGAAAACAGAGCUGAAAACUUCUGUUCUGAAGGCAUUUGGAAGCUCGGGAGGAGGAUACAUUAGCCAAGGCCAAGCUUAUGAAACAGACAGUGGACGAGUAUUUGUUAAAGUCAACCACAAACCGAAGGCCAGAAAAAUGUUUCUAGGGGAAAUGGCAAGUUUGGAAGCUAUUCAGGAAACCAAUAUUGUGAGAGUGCCUCAGCCUAUUAAAGUAAUUGACCUGCCUGAAGGAGGAGCAAUGUUUGUCAUGGAGUACCUGAAGAUGAAGAGCCUCAACAAAUAUUCUGCAAAACUUGGAGAGCAGAUGGCAGAUCUUCAUCUUUAUAACCAGAAACUUGGAGAGAAACUGAAAAAGGAGGGAAACACAGUUGGUAAAGGAGCAGGUCACUCAGAGUCUCAGUAUGUGGAUAAGUUUGGAUUCCAUACAACCACUUGCUGUGGUUAUAUACCACAGGUGAAUGAAUGGCAGAGCGAUUGGCCUUCCUUCUUUAUUCGUCACCGACUCCAAGCUCAGUUGGAUUUGAUUGAAAAAGAUUAUGGAGAUAGAGAAGCCAGAGAGCUUUGGUCACAGCUAAAACCCAAGAUUCCUGAAAUGUUCUGUGACAUAGAAGUUGUUCCUGCUCUCCUGCAUGGGGACCUGUGGGCAGGAAAUGUGGCUGAGGAUGAUUCGGGGCCAAUUAUCUUUGACCCUGCUUGCUUCUACGGCCAUUCAGAAUUUGAACUGGCCAUUGCUGGGAUGUUUGGUGGGUUUAGCAGCUCUUUUUUCUCCGCCUAUCACAGUAAAAUACCCAAAGCUCCAGGAUUUGAGAAGCGAAACAAGUUGUAUCAGCUCUUUAAUUACAUAAAUCACUGGAAUCACUUUGGGACAGGGUACAGGGGGUCUACCCUAAACGUAAUGAGGAAACUUCUAAAGUAACCAGAAAGGUUUGAGAAAUUCUGACAUGGUCACUUAGUAAUGAACAGUCCGUGCUUAUCAGAAGUAACACAAACUAGGAAUUAAUGUUGAUGCUAAAACACCUGACGUGUAAAAGGCUUAGCACACUUGGGAGCCUCACUAAAUGUUAACAGUGAUUGUGUAAUUUUUAACUUAUACACUUGUUUACUAGCACAGAUUCAUUCUCUGCUGAAGGAAAAGGCUGGAUUGUUUGUGAAGACUUCCCUAGGUUGGAAAGUAGCAUCAGUCAGUCUGACCUUACUCUCUGUAGAUCUUACUUCUCAGCGGCAGCAUUUCCACAGUUGUUUGCACCUUGGAACUUGUGCUGCUCUCUCAGCAGUUCCUCACUGAGAAAUACUGAUACGUGGUUGUGGUGCUGAAGGUAUUAACUAGUUCCUUACUUCUCCCCUUUUUUGUUCUGUUGUCAUUUUCUGUCUCUGUUUCCAUCCCUUUUCCUAUUUAUUUUUCUGUUGUCUUUCCCAUGUUAACUGUCCUGAUCCAAAAUUCAAAUGUGAUUCUGUGAAUCUGAAAACAUUCUUUUGAUUUAAAGAGUAGACAGGGCCCUUUGGACUGCACUUGGUACCCAUCUAAUUAAUUAAAAUGCAUAAUAUUUAUUUUAAUUUAAUGCACUUUACUUACAGGCUUUUGGUUUUCUCUUCGUAUGAGAAACUAAAUUACAGUGGUAUUUCUUAAAAGGGGUAUCUCUGUAGGUCCUUGGUAAUUAACUGUAUGGUCAGAAUGUAGGUUGUUAGCACACAAUUUGAUAACAUAUCAUAGUUUUAGUAUGAUAUUUUAGUGUGUUAUACUAUGAUAGUAACAUUUAAAUAACUUUGUAAAAAGAUAGCAAAAAGUGUGAGAGAGAAUGAGUGUUUUGAUGACAAGAAAGCAUCUACUGCUGCUGUGUUGGUUGGUACUUGAUGUAUUUUCAAUUUUCUAAAGUAAUAUACAGUAGGCAAAGCUAGUCUGUUCUGCCACUGCUGGAUUAAUGAAGGAACGGUGUCAAAUUGCAUGGCUUUAUAAUGUUUUAAAAUAUUCCUAACUGCUUUAUUUUUACAGAAAACAUAGGCAAUGAGAAUUUGGGGAGAAAACUGUGCAAGAAAGAUAUUGGCAUAGAAUAUGAGCUACAGUACAUUAACAAAUCCAUGUUUUUUUAAUGGCAGAAAAUGGUAAAGAAAGAUGUAAGUGCAGUCCAACCAAUGCUUAUGUGAAUCAGAAAAUAUGAAUAGGAAUGACUGAACUUAUGUAUUUAGACUUCAGAUGGUUGUCAUGUUUUAUACUCAAAAUGUUUUAUUCAGAAAUAUAUGUUUAAGCUUAUUUCAGCUUUAAAUGGCUGUGAUAUAAAGAUUUCAUAGACCCUAAAGUUAGAUGUUGUAAUUUAUGCUAUUUAAAAAUGCAUUUAAUUCUCUGUAAAUAUAAUACAAAUAGUUAAAAAUGUUUACUUCUUUUGAAUCUGCACUACCAUUAGGGGAAGUUGUUACAGUGUGGUUAUAACACUUAAUACAAUUAUAAGAGUGGAAAAGUGGAAUAAUAGAGUUAGAAUACAACUGAAAUAGUAGCUGAUGGCUGGAAGACCAGAUCUGAGAAAACAGCAAAGUGCAUGUGUACUAGUGUUUAUUAAUGUCAACAGAAAUACAUGUUAUUACCUUGGAAAGUACAUGUGAACUUAAGAUUCCUCCUCAAAUAAAAUACUUGCCUUGCAGAAGCCA